CAUGUCCUUUGAGGGAUGGAGCUCAACUAAUGGCAGGCGGAGAUUAAUCCUCGGCUCGAAUUUACAGCCUCUAUCGCGCAAAACGCACUGGGACAGGCCAAGUGGGAAUUACAGUAUAGUCAUUGACAACUAAGGGGAUUUCUGUGUGAUCAGUGCAUGAAGAUUUGAAGCGGCGUAACCAUACAGAUAAUUCAAGGUCUUGGUAUAUCGUGUAGAAGAUGUCAGGUUCAUACGACGAAUCCAGUGGAUGUGAGGAAACGACUGACAGUUUCUGGGAGAUUGGUAAUUACAAACGCUCAGUGAAGCGCAUUGAUGACGGACACAGAUUGUGCAAUGAUCUUAUGAACUGUGUCAAUGAACGGGCAAAGAUAGAGAAGUCCUACUCUCAGCAGUUAAUUGACUGGUCUAAAAGGUGGAAACAGCUCAUUGAGAAAGGGUCACAGUAUGGGACUCUGGAGAGAGCCUGGAUGGCAUUGAUGACCGAGGCAGAUAAAGUGAGCGAGCUACAUUUGGAGGUGAGAAAUGCAUUAACUUGUGAAGAUUUUGAAAAGAUCAAGAACUGGCAGAAAGAUUCCUUUCACAAGCAGAUGAUAGGAGGCUUCAAAGAGACCAAAGAAGCGGAGGAUGGAUUCCGGAAAGCACAGAAACCUUGGGCUAAAAAACUAAAAGAGGUGGAGGCAGCUAAGAAGGCAUAUCACCUUGCCUGUAAGGAGGAGAAGAUGGCGGCUACAAGAGAGGCAAACAGUAAGGCAGAGCAGUCAGUCACUCCAGAACAACAGAAGAAACUGCUGGACAAAGUUGAGAAAUGCAAACAGGAAGUGCAGAAGACUAAAGAGAAAUACGAGAAAGCUUUGGAUGAAUUGAGUAAAUGUACCCCUCAGUACAUGGAGAAUAUGGAGCAAGUGUUUGAACAGUGCCAGCAGUUUGAGGAAAAACGUCUGGUUUUCUUCAGAGAAGUCCUGCAAGACAUCAAACGACAUCUAAACCUUGCUGAAAACAACAAUUACGCCAACAUUUACCGAGAGCUGGAGCAGGUCAUCCGGGUUGCAGAUGCACAGGAGGACCUAAAGUGGUUCAGCACUACAUAUGGACCCGGAAUGGCGAUGAACUGGCCCCAGUUUGAGGAAUAUUCUCCCGACAUGACUCACACUAUUGCAAAAAGGGAGAAAGUAAAAAAGGCUAACGAAGGUAUUUCUCUGACGAAUGUUUCACCAGGAGGAGAGCAGGUGACUCACAAUGUCGAUCGGGGCAGCCAUAGUAUCUGCCAGAAUAAUGAAAGAAGUUGCAAUGUUAAGCCUUUUGCUGAGAAUGAAGUCAACCAGGAAGUGAAGGAAGUCCCGAAAGAGGAAAAGAAAAACGUGAGCAGCUACGAGAAGAAUCAGACAUACUCUGCUGAAUGGUCGGACGAUGAAACAAACAACCCCGGCACAAACGAUGCCAACGGAGGAACAAAUCCUUUUGACGAAGACGCUUCUCCUGCCCACGUGCAGGGAGUGCGUGUACGUGCACUGUAUGAUUAUGAAGGACAAGAACAGGAUGAGCUGAGCUUUAAAGCAGGUGAUUUCUUAACAAAGAUUGAAGAUGAGGAUGAACAGGGCUGGUGCAAAGGACGUCUGGAGAAUGGACAGCUGGGCUUGUAUCCAGCUAAUUAUGUAGAAAUGGUCUGAUUAGGUGGUGUAUUUAUGGAGCUAGUUGUUGCUACUGUAUAUACAUGGUCUCGGUAAUGCUCUUCAUGUUCUGAGGUGAUAUGACAAAUAAUUUCACUUUGUAUCUUUUGUUGGUAGGUUAGUGUCCUUUUGUCACUUGUGUAAAUCAUGCCUCCAUCUGUCAGCUCAAAAGAUUGUAUCCCUUUAAUGUUCAGUGUAAAAUACCUAUUUAAUAAGAAACCUCCUUAACUUCAAGGUGUGCUCUUCUCCCUUCAUGAAGUGGCAGACACUUUGUUCUCACCAGUCAUUAUUAACCCAGUGUCUUCGCUCCUUAAAAAUUGUUACACUUAUAGAUCAAAACCGGGUUAGACCAGUAUCAGCCCCUUAACUGACUGUACAUCACUCUAUUACAGAAAUAUGCACACACACAUGCACACAUUUUUCAAUGCAAGAGUGGGGAACCUUUAAAUUUCCCUCACUUUCUUGCAUGUUACAUUUAAAAAGAUGCUAAAUCAUGUUGGCUAUUAGUGGUUUGAUGCUUUAAUUUGUUGCUUGUAAGCUUUUUGACUACCACAUUUCCAGUUAAUUGGAAUGUCCAUGGUAUGAAGAAAGAUUUCCACUGAUUCUCACUUUUCUGUCCCGGGAGUGAAUGUGUUUAUCUGUGUGUACUAAAUACCCAAUCGUCAACCAAGAACUCUGCAGCUUUGAUCAGUGAGAGUAGUACUAAUUUAAAAUAUUUCUCUCUGAAACCAUUGUUUGAAGAUGUUUUAAUGUCCCAGUUAUUAGCACAAUUGUUUAUUGCAAUGAUUUGUAGAAACUGGGCGCUUGAAGUGAGUUCCUAUUAUUUAAGAGAAUACCCCAGUUAUGAGUUUAUGAACUUGACUUGGAACAACCUCUGGAGAAUUAAGUAGACAAAUAAAUUAAAACUGUGCUAAUAACUGGAGAAAUGAAUGAUGUAACGCAAUGUUGUUGUUUCCUUUUAUUUGCCAUACAUUAAUGUCAGUGUGUUCAUGCUGCAGUUGAUGAAUAUUAAUCUGAAAGCUCCUCUUACAAAUAAUCGUGCCACUUUUUACAAGGUAGCCAGUAUUGUUUUAGGAAGUGUAGAGCAUUAAGUAUUGUUGUUAAUGGGGUACCAUUUUACAGACAUGCACUGCAAUACAGGCAUUUUUUUUCCUAGAAAAUAUUUUUCAUAUUUAAUCUGACAAAUGAAGAACAUUAUUGGCCAUACAUUGCGGCUUGAAUGCGCAGUUCAGUUAAACAUGAACUGUAAGGUGCAUAGUACUCAAAAGAAAGAAUUUGAAAGUAAUCUGUCUUGGUCCAGGAUUAUUGCAGUUACAUGUUUAAGUCAAUGCAGGUUUUACUCUGCAAAAUUUGCUGGCUUCUGCCACCAGAGGGUGUCCCAUAUAUACGUGGCAGUAAGAUGAUCGCCCCUUUGGAAUAGCAAUCAUUUCCGUGAACUUCUACAUACUCUGUUUGAAAGUUUAGUUUUUACUUCUAUGGUUGAUGAAAAAGAAAACAUCAAGUUUUUGACCCUGAGAUCAAAUGAAGUAUUUUCUGUUUAUUAGUGAUGGAACAGAGAUUUAAUUGCAAGUUUAAAGAAAGCCAAUAUUUGAAAACAUUUACCUUCCUUUUUUGGCCCUCCGUCGUGCAAACUGUGUCUAGAUUUUUCCUGUGCUACCUGCUUAUCAAAACACUGAACACAAAUCUUCUGAUGAAUGAGUUGCUUUUUCUUCUUCUUAGACCCCACAAGUCUCAAAUUAAUCAGUAUAGAAGAGCAAAUCAAAACUCUAAACCACCAGGAUCUCUUUUUUUGCUGAAUUUACAAGGAAAAUAGAAUGAUUGGCAUGUGCUCCCCUUAUUUCUUCCCUUUUCCUUUGGGGUGGCAAGGUAGUGUAGUGGUUAGCACCAGUGGUUAGCACCAGUGACCAGGUUCAGUUCCUGCUGCUGCUGCUAUCAGGAAUUUGUACGUUCUUCCUGUGAAAUGUGUAAGUUUCCUCUGGAUGCUCCAGUUCUCCCUCUUUCCACCCUCUCCCCUUCCACAGUCCAAAGACAUGCCAGUUCUGCCAUUCUGGCCAAAACUACAGAAUUGAGAGCGUGUCAGGAAAGCAAUAAUUACUUCAGCAUUUUAUUGGAAGCAAACAUCCAAAAGUAUAUCGCACUCUCCACUUGCUGGAGUGACAAUUUCAAACAGUUUUAUAAACAAUCAAAAUAAAGUCUUUCUAUUCUAAAUGUCACUUGCUGCAUAAUGGAACCAAGUCUGAAGAGAAUCACAAAUUGACGCAACUUCCAACUCUUUAGCAUUCUAUUUCAAGUCAAAAGGGGAAGCUUUUGACAUUUAAUUUGCAGUUUAGCUUUGUCAUAUUAUUCUUUUUUUUAAGUGUUUGUAUGGUACUUAAAGCAAAGGUCUUUGUAUGUGGUAAUCUUAUGAGAGCUGAUGUGAAAAUGAGCAGCUAUAGACCAAUUGUCAUUAGUCAUUACAUCACUCUAUUUUGAGAAGAGAUUCACACUUUAAUAUGAACAUAGUAAUCUAUAGCAUAUUACAGACCCUUCAGCCCACUUUGUUGUAACCUACUGUAGAAUUUGCCUAGAAUUUCCCUACCACAUAACCCUCUAUUUUUCUAAGCUCCAUGUACCUAUCUAAGGGUCUUAAAAGACCCUAUCAUAACCACCUCUACCACCGUUGCUGGCAGUGGACUCCAUGCACCCACCAACACUCCAAGAUGGUAAAAGAUUUGUAGCACAAUCUUGAGUUGUAAGCAAAUUCUUGGCCUGAUGAAUCCACUGCUAAACUUUUUGGAAGUACGUUUAGGCUGGAGGAUGAUAUGGGGAUGAGGAGGAAAAGGGAAGGACAUUUGGGACUUGAGUGCUCUUUUUAUAGUAUUGGCUCAUUUCCCAAAACAAUUCCAUUAAACAUCCACACUUUACAUUUAUUGCCAAGUUUGUAAAUACUUUCCUGUUUUGCUCUCCCUCCACAAUUUUAGAUUGAUUUUGUGUUUGAUAUCAGACUAGCCACUUACUCAUUCCCUGAUUCCUCGGCCAAAAGCUAGAUUGAUGCCAAAAUAAUCUGUCCUUACAUAAAUAUGUGUCUGCGUGUUUAAAUCCAUAAGAAAAUUCUCUCACUUUUAUGCAUCGUUUCUCCAGCUUGUUCACUUGCUUGAUGUACCCUGACUUCUGUGUGACAUCCAUCUACGUUUUUAAGUUAUUCACCAUUAUUGAAUAUGAGAAACAAAGAAUAUUGCAGAUUCACACAUGGGUAGAAAACAAGUUAUUUGACAGCAUUUGCUUUGUUGUUCUGAUCACUAUAUGCACCAUAUGUUUGUUUGAUAUACUGACAAUUUUGAUUUUUUUUACCCCUGUGUCCUUAUAAAUCGUAGUAAGUUGUUACCUAUAUGGGCCCAUCAAGAGCUCUGCCGUGUUUGGAAUUGCCUUAAUUAUUGGAGUGCUUUACAAAUGAGGUUGUGUCGAGAAUGAAUGUCAGACAGCAAAGGAGAGAAAUCAAUCUUUGAAACAAGGUAGUUAUUGUUCAGUUACUACUGACAGUCACUUGUCAAGUAAAAUAAAUCGAACUAUCCAAUAACUUCAAAAACAAAUAAUAUAACAAAGUUAGUGCUUUAAAAAUGAUAAUCCAAAUUAAGUAAAUUUGACGUGAGGAACAUACAGGCUGUGCUGAUGUAAUGCAAAAGAGGUCUGGUGUUUCAAUUCCUUGCUUCUAACCUUUUCAACUUUACACAGAUACUUAAAACAAUUCGAAACAGCUCCGUGAAAAGUGUAUAUCCUUUGCUUUUUUGUUCAACAGUAUUUCUAGCUCCUAUCCAUCAAUGCCAGUCUGAUCCCAGAAGUUAGAAAGCUAACUCUUAGACAGAUGCAUCUGAAUGCUGACUUUUAGUUCUUCAUGGCAAAAUUCCUGAUUUGGUGGUCAAGUCUUAUUAGCAAAACAAGCAAGUGACAUUUGAGGCAUUAAACUAAAAGGUCUUUGCAGUACGUGUGAAGGUGAAGUGAUGUGAAUUAGCUUUCUGAGGGUAAUCUCAGAUGUCCUGCAAAAACUCGCCACAGCAUUUUCCACCAGAUUCUUGCUGUGUAGUACAAUUGGCUAUGGUGUUAUUACUCAUUCCCUGAAUGGGAUUAAAUUCUGUCAGUGGUAGUCUCAGGUGUAUAACCAUAAGUUAAAUAGGUUUCAGCUUUUAAUAGGGUUUUAAACUCCUAGAGCUGGGAGUUGACUAGAGGAGGUUAUGCACUCUUAAAAUAUAUAACUCUAUACUUCACUCUAGUUAAUACAAAGAUACAGCUGGGAAAAAAGAUAUAUAUUUAGUAGAGUAUUUUGUAACCAAAUAUAUCUAUAAAGAAUAUAUUAUUUUGAAAAAGGAAGCACUCCUUGCCGAAGCAUAAAGUGCAGCUCAACUUGCAGAAUGUAGUGCAUUUGCAUUUCUUCAUCAAAAUGUAUGUGAAACUUAAUUUAUGGAUGUCUGUAUAUUAGAACGAAUGGUCAGAAUUAUGCAGAGGAACCUUCCGUAGCCCAAUGGGUAGCUUAUAAUUGGGUUACCACUAUUUGCCAAGUUCAAAACCAGCAAAUCAAAGCAAAUUUCUUUCAAGCAGAAUGUUUGUGAGUUGUGUCUGGGAUUUGCUUGGCUAAGACUAAUCUGGUUUGGUCUUAAAUGACUUUAUACUUAUGAACAACAUGCAGGUGUAGGGAGUAAGAUUUAGGAAUUGAAUAUAAAUCCAGAUUUAUUUAUCUAUUUUUAUUGCAUGUUAUCACUGGCAGUCUGGUGGCAUCAGUAACUUGCAGUGUUUUCCAAUAAUUCCUACUGCCCAUUCUGCUAAAAGCACAAACUGUGCUUAAUAUAACUUAUUCAUUAAACUGAGAAGGCAGUGUCAGUGCUUAAUAAAGGCCAUUUGUGUGUCAUUGUAGUGACAUGUGGCAGUGCUAUAUAGGAAAUAUUGAUAUAUCAUUCUGCAAAUUCAAUUUCAAAUACAUGUACAAAAGUUGCAUAUGAUGCUAUUGUAUAAUCAGUGCAUAUGACUCUGUAAUUCAACAAGUACCUUGUGAUUGUACUGUGUGGCUAGAUUUGAGCUGAAUCUCCUCUGUAUGAUCACUAUUGUGAAUUGAAAGUUCCUUUCCUUUCAAACCAAUGUUUACAUGAUAAUUUAGCUAUGUUAAUACUACUGAUGUAGUGCCUGUUUGAACAAUACCUGCUGUUAAUGUGAACUGUAUAUGAGUCUGUUUGAGCCAUAUUCAUAUUUGGAUGGAAACUGUUACCUUGCAUAUAAUUCUGAUGUCUCAGCUGAACUCUGCCUUGGUGCCAUGUGUACUAUGUCGCAGUGGGUGGAGCAGAGAGCCUGUCGGAUCGGUGGGAAGAACAUUCAUGGACUAAGCUGAACUGAGAAGCAAUUUAUAAAUCUCUACUGAAAAAGGUUUGAGUUUGGUAUUCUAUGAUGAACUGGGAACAUGAAUUUAAUUCAAAACGCAGCCAUAGUAAGUAAACAUUAAAGCAGGAUAAAAGGGAAUGAGUUGCUUCAGAAAAGUAAUCUGCUCAAUAUUAAAUAGGCUUCUAUUUCUGUUCAGACUGUUAUAUACACUAUUUUUACCACAGUAGUUGCUGCCUAUUCUCUAUUGUGGGUGAUACAUUCUUUGACCAGGGAAGUAAGCUUUCCUACAAAUAACAACAUCUUUAUAUGUUACCUUUGUGGUUGCAUACACUAAUGAGAUCUGACUACAGUCAACACUUGCAGCUGCAAUGGUGUGAAAUGCUUGCAUGUCUUCCAGGGCUCUCUAAGCAAAAUUCACUGAAACGUUUAAUGCAUUGUGCAGUUAAUCUAGACCCUGGUUCAAAUAAGGGUAAAUUUCUUCAAUAAGCUAUUUGUGAAUUUAAACAGAAAUCUUAACCAAAUAGAGGUGGAGCCAUGGACAAUUGCCGGCCAAGUAAUCCAUUGUUUUUGAAUUCUGAAUUUCUGAAACCUUAGCUUCCUUCUCAUCCCUUCCCAUAAACAAAUAGUAGCUAUACCACACGGGGGUCAAGUCUUUACUGAUUCUGGUAAAUCGCUGAGUUCAUCCUAUGGCAAAUUCCAGAAUGCUAAAGAUCUGAAAUGGUGGCAUGUGGGAUGAGAUGAUAUAGCGGACUCCACAAUAUUGAGGAAAGUGGUACAAACUAAAUCCAUGGGAGUAUGGAUUUGGUUGGAGAAAUUCCUUGUGUUGUAUGCUCCGCAUGGCUAAGAAAGUAGUCACUUUACUGAUAUUCCCUGAGGACUUCUGGUUUAAAAAAAAAUUCAAUAAAGAGAAUAUUUUA